CAAGGAUCAGGCUACAGCGUCUUGACAAACCGGCACCAUGAAGCCGGAGCAGCAUGUCUCCGUUUGUGUCCUGCUGCUACUUUCUGUGACAUGGAGCGCAAGUGGAGGGAACAUUUUGGUGUGGUUCACUGACGGCAGCCACUGGAUUAACAUGAAGCCUGUGCUGGAGACGUUGGUCGACAGGGGACACCAGGUGAAGGUGCUGGUGCCGAGCACGUCCAUGUUCAUGAACUCUAAUGAACUUUCACCCUUUGGCUAUGAACCCUUUAACGUCUCCGUCUCAAUAGAGACCAUGGAAGAGUUUUUUGAAGAAUAUCUUCGAUUCUCAAUGUAUGAGAUGGAUCAUAUGAGCUACGUUCAGCUUUACAUCAAAUACAUGGAUCUAAUGAGAAUCGACCUGCAGUAUACUUUGAAGUUCUUGGACGGUGUGCUGAAAUCAGAAACGAUUAUGAAAAAGUUGAAGGACGGAAAAUAUGACCUUCUCUUGGUUGACCCCAUUUACCCCGGUGGUGACUUAUUAGCAGAGCUUUUGGGCAUCCCCCUGGUCUACUCUUUCCGCUUUUCCCUAGCCCACAACUGGGAGAGAUAUUGUGGUCAGCUCCCUGCUCCU